AUGGGAAUAACGCCGCCGGAUCGCCAGUCAUCAUCAUUUAUGGUCGGAACUAAGACGUUCAAGCCUCACCGCCGCCUGGCGCUGCUCGCAGCCGGCACCCACGGGCACAACCCGGACCAAGGGGACGACGCGCUCGAGGGGCUGCCGGCACCAGUGGCCACCACCACACACGAUCAAGCACUCCCGGACGAGGAGACGGUCGGUGAGCCGCGGGUGCCAUCAGACGCCCGGUUCCAGACCCCCACGCUGCCAGCCCUCCUCGGACCGCGCCCUUCCACAGAGCAGCACCGCCAGCGGGCACAUGAGCCACGGAUGGCCCGACUCGCCCUGGCGAUGGCUCCGGUGUGCGAAAGCGCCGCCGACAGUGGCGGCAGACCUUCUCGGAACCCAGCCCUCCGGCACAGCCAACGCCAGCGGGGCAGGUCUGACCUCACGGGCCGCCCGGCCGCCGUGGCUCCCACGCCGGUCCAAAAGGAGGGGAGGGGCGAGGCGCCGCCACCUUGUCCGCCACCAUGGAGCCCCCAGGGCCUUCCCCAUGUUCUGUUUGGUUCUUGGUCUGCACGCGCGGCCGCCGGCCACGCUGGCCGGCUGGCGCCGCCGUCUUCGGCCCGCUCGGCGGGUCCCCGGCUUAGGGCCGAGGAAGGGGGUGAGCACAAAAAGGGCCCAGGCGCGCACUGCCGCCGCCCGGCCCGCAAACGGGCGGUCCCGUCACCGAGCCCCUCCGGCAACCGGCUGAGCCGAGGCAAGGCCGCACGCCCACAGACAGUCCCCACCGUGCCGCCGACACUGACGCAGUCGACGGCGGAGGACAGGGCGCCGCCACCUCGGCCCGGGCCAUCUUCGGGGCUCUCGGGAGGCAGCCGGGAGAAGCCCGCGCGCGGGCUCCACCGCCAAGGCCCGGCCGCCGGCCGCCCGCAACAUUGCCCGCCACACACGGGCUCCGGCUUAGGGCCGGUCACAAAAAAGGACGAGGCGCCGCCGCCUCGCCGCCGUCGCCCUGUGCUCGCGAGUCCCCCGGGGAGCCGGCAGCCGCCGCCGGCUCGGGCUGGACGCUGGCGGGCCCCUGCGUGCCCCUGGGCCGGUCCCAGUCCCGCUCUCGCUCGCUCGCUCGCCUCCUCGUGCCUUCCACUCGAGCUCUCGAUCUCUGCCUCGGGCCGCCCCGGCAGAACCGACCCGGAGCCACGCGGCUCCAACACUCUCUGUCUCUCUCGCCUUCCGCUCGUGGGGUGCCGGACGCCACCUCGCCCGCGCGAGAGUACGCGCCUCGCCUCGCCUCGCAGCAGACGCGGGGAAACGGUGCUCACGGAACCCGCGCUGCUCGGCAACCCCUGCCCAUACGACCCCUUGCACGACUUCCGGGGCCGGCCGCGAGAGCAGGUCUACCCCGAGAAAGCCCGCCAGCAGCCCAAGUCCCGCCGGAGCCGGGUAGACCUGCUCGCCCGUUGA